UGUUUUUUUAAAACUUUUUUUUUUUUUUUAGUUUUUUAAAAUUUAGUUUCACACACCCACAUGCAUGUUCUUGUGUUUGUCUGAUCUGGAUUGGAUCACAAGGAUCCCUUGUUUUCUUUUUAUUUUUAGUUGAAGAACACUAAGAGAGAGAACACACAAAGAGAAAGAAAGAGAUAGACAGGUGUGUGGUUGUGGGGUGUAGUGCUUUGUGGGGGAGCAAUCUUGGUUUCUUUGAGGGGUCAUUGGAGAAGAAGCAAAGGAGAAACCAAGAACAACUCUAAGAACAAUGGUCUGUUGUGGAGAAAUAAUUGCUAGGGUUUGAAUUUGGCGGUGAUAAUUUAUCAUGUUGGUUGCGUGGUAGAAUAAUUGGGGGUUUGGCUGUGCGUGUAUUAGUGUGAGUUGAUAUUGUAGAUACUCCUGAGCCAUGGCGGGUAUUGAUGUUUCAAAAUAUGCUCAUAGUCCUGCGCACAAGGCCAUUGCCACGAGGGAUUAUGCCAGUCUCAGGAGAAUGCUUGCUGCUCUCCCAAGGCUUGGUAAUCCGGCUGAGAUUCGUACUGAAAUGGCUUCAGUGGCGGAGGAAGAGAAGGCUGAUGCCAUCUCUGCGGUGAUUGAUAGGCGGGAUGUCCCCAAUCGGGACACUCCUCUUCAUUUGGCUGUCAAACUUGGUGAUGAGACCGCGACAGAAAUGCUUAUGGUUGCUGGGGCUGAUUGGAGUUUGCAGAAUGAACAGGGAUGGAGUGCACUCCAGGAGGCAAUUUGCAAUAGAGAAGAAGGGAUUUCCAUGAUUAUAGUUAGGCAUUACCAGCCGUUGGCAUGGGCUAAAUGGUGUCGGAGAUUGCCUCGGUUAAUCGGGACUAUGCGAAGGAUGAGGGAUUUUUAUAUGGAAAUCACGUUCCAUUUUGAGAGUUCUGUGAUACCUUUUAUUUCAAGAAUUGCUCCUUCAGAUACUUAUAAAAUUUGGAAGAGGGGUGCCAAUUUGAGGGCGGAUAUGACUUUGGCUGGAUUUGAUGGAUUUAGGAUCCAGAGAUCAGAUCAGAGUAUUCUUUUCCUUGGUGAUGGGUCUGAAGAUGGAAAGGUUCCUCCUGGAUCACUUUGCAUGAUCUCACAUAAGGAUAAGGAGGUGAUGAAUGCUUUGGAUGGUGCUGGUUCUCAAGCAACAGAAGAAGAGGUUCGACAAGAAGUGGCUGCAAUGUCUCAAACUAAUAUAUUUCGGCCUGGGAUUGAUGUGACUCAAGCAGUUCUUUUGCCGCAGUUGACGUGGAGGCGGCAGGAGAAAACAGAGAUGGUGGGUCCAUGGAAGGCGAAGGUAUACGAUAUGCAUAAUGUAGUUGUUAGCAUUAAAUCCAGGAGAGUCCCUGGAGCGAUGACAGAUGAUGAGUUCUUCUCGUCUUGCAAUGAAAAUGAAACAGAGAGCGAGGAGCUUGAUGAUAUUUUGACAGAAGAUGAAAGAAGGCAACUUGAGGUUGCACUCAAAUUGGAUUCAUCAGAAACGGGCAAUGAGAAUGGUGACGGGAUUAUCGCUCACCGCCAUAGUUGUUAUGAGCAUAGGGAGAUUCCUAUUGAGGAUGUGAGUUCUUGUAGAAAUGGAGACACUAAACAGGAAAAGAAAGGAUGGUUUGGUGGAUGGAGGAAACGAGAUUCUAAACUCGAAGGACAGAAGAAGAUUGUACCACCGAGAAGUUCGCUCUGUGUUGAAGAGAAGGUGAGUGAUCUUCUAGGGGACUCUCCUUCUGGAAGUCAGAUAAAACCAGGAAGACAUUCUGUUGAGAUUGUUGCAAGGGAUGAGCACCGGAGAGGAAGGGAUACCAGAACAUCAACUUCUGUAAGUUCGGAGAGUGGACAUCGGCGCAAGGAUGGAGGCCGUGAGAAUGAGUAUAAGAAAGGGUUGAGGCCUAUUCUCUGGCUUUCCCCAAACUUCCCACUACAGACUGAAGAACUCCUGCCAUUGCUUGACAUUCUUGCAAACAAAGUUAAGGCAAUUCGUCGUUUAAGAGAGUUGCUGACCACAAAACUCCCAAUGGGAACUUUUCCAGUCAAGGUUGCGAUACCAGUGGUUCCCACAAUCAGAGUGCUCGUAACUUUUACAAAGUUUGAGGAGUUACAGCCAGUGGACGAGUUUGCAACUCCCCCUUCAAGCCCUACAGCUGCUGGAAGAGAAAGCCCGUCAGUGACGCAGUCCACAAGCUCAUCAUGGUUUCAGUGGAUAAAAGCUCCUUACCGCCCUAGCUCAUCCACUGGCGGUUCUAGCAGUAGGAUAGAGAAUAUCCAAGAUCCAUUCGCAAUUCCCCAAGAUUAUACUUGGAUUACGGCUGAAGCGAAGAAAAAAAGGAUGCAAGAGAAGAGCAAAUCAAAGAAAGGGAAAAGUCAGAAUCAAUGAAGUGAAGGCAAGAAAGAGUAAGCUCCAGAUGUAAAACAUGUUUUAGAUUCCAAAUCAAGUCAGCAGGUAACA